AUGCCAAAACAGGAUUUCACAUAUACAGAUUUGGCAGGAGUUGUGGUUGUCUGGUGUUUGUUUUUUGCCAUAAUUGGUAUUAUUACCGUCACGUGUAUUAAUUUCUUCUGUAUUCAAGAAAUUGAUGACGUCACUGUUCUUGAAAAGUGGGGAUAUCGUCGUCACCUCGGAAUUCGUCUUGGAGUUCACAAACGCGCAACCAUUGCGCAAACAAUCGACCACGAAAAAUUCAAAUCCGACAAGUAA